CGUCUUCCUUCAUUUCUUGCCGAUAUAUACAAGUCCAUGUCCUGGAUAUGUCGAAUCCCCCGGGGCAACCAUGGACGGAGGAGGAAAAGUAUGCGCUGCUCACGGAGAUCCUCAAAAAGGCCGGAGUCCAUUCGGCUUAUCUUGUCAGGAUGAUCAAGGACUUUCAAAUCUCCCCCAGCUGGGCAGACAUCCCCCUUCCUCCAGGCCGGUCUCUGAACGCGUGCAAGGCGGCCUACUUGAAUAUGUCGCAGCAGCAACAUAUCCCACCACCACCGCCGCCAGCAGCAGCAGCAGCAGCAGCUCCUCCUCCGCCGCCGCCUCCGCCUCCGCCCCCGCCGCCUCCACCAUCGCUACCAUCGCCAUUAUCCAUGCCGCCGGGGACCAUCUCGUUCAAUCAUCCGCGUUCAGACGUCCCCAUGCUUCCCGCAACCCUCCCGCCAGAGGGGAGCCAACUCCUACGGAAACGCGCCUUCACCACCACUGACGCUAAACCGUUCUUCACUCCGCGCGCCAUCCAACCACGGCCUCCCGUCAGCACCGCCUCGUACAGCAGCGAGAGUGGCGCAUCAACGGCGCAUCUGUCCCCUCGCCUGGAACACCUCGUUCCCCGAGGGGGGGGAGGGGUGGCAGUUGGAGGCGGAGGCGGAGGCAGCGGCGGUAGCGGUGAACCUCCACGCAAACGCGGCCGCCCCAGCAAGGCAGAAAGUGAGCGCCGCAAGCUCGAAGCCCAGGCUCGUGGUGAGCCCUACCCGCUGCCUCGCAAGCUCGCCGCGGCCAAGACCAAGGCACCCUCGUUAAGCCCUUCCAGCCCGGUGGGCCUAGACUCGGCAAGUUCGUUUCCUCCGUUAUCCAGGGAACCGCUGAGACUGGAACGAUAUUCUCUGCCACCCACGCCAACAACCCACCAGGCUCAAGGCCACCAACCUCACUCAACUCUCCAACCGGCCAACCUGAAGCCCAUCCUACUCGACAACCCCCCUCCUCCCCGACCCGCCAUCGUCCAUCAGUUACUCCCACCCACCCGCCCGGACGCCGAAUCGCGCCAGUUCGGUCCCCCCGGCACAACGACCGAGUCUCACAGCGGCGGGCGAAUCUUCGACCCUGUUCCUGAGCGCAAUGUUCAUGGAACAGACACCGAGGGACAUCGACGGCGCGCGAGUGACGCCCAACCCGUUGAGGAGAUGAACAUUGACACGUCCUAA